GAGGAGGUGCGCUACUAUGUAAUUUCCGCUUCCUCUGGAGUCUCAUGGGCGGUGGUCCUACCCCCGUGGUUUCUGUCCACUGGGGGCCUCCGGCGGCUCCAGGAUCCGGGCCAGUAUGGAGGGGUCAGUUGGACCUUUCCCUGCCCUCUGCUUGAUCGUCUGACUUGCACCCUGUGUCUCCCCUUGCGUGAUCUUCCCCUGUCCUUUCCGCACCCCUUCCCCAACGUGUUUCCUCCUCACCCCCCCUUUGUGUGAUUCCUUCCUUGGUUACCUCUGUUCUCUGGCCACUUCUGACCCUCCCUUCUGCUUCCCUCCCUUCUCCAUCCCCCAUCCCUCCAUCCUUGCCUUCUCCAUCCCUCCCUUCUCCAUCCCUCCCUUCUCCAUCCGGCAAACCUCCAUCCUUGACUUCUCCAUCUCUCCCGUCUGCACCUCUUUACCUUCUGCUGGUCAUGUGUACUGUUUAUCCCUUCAUCUCUUCAGCUGGUUCCCCCCUUCCCUCUACCCAGAUCUUCUUCCCCUUCUUCACCCUCUGGAUGGACCCAAUUAGCAGAUUUUAGCUAGAGAAUGUCAGGAGUCAGGAAGAUCUGAAUUCAAAUGGGGCCUCAGACUGUCUCCGUCUCCUCAUCUGUGAAUGGGGCUAAUAAAAGCCCCUCCCUCCUCCCAUCCGCUGUGGGGAUCUAAUGAGGUAAUUACAGCACAGAGGUCUCUCCAGACAGCCGAUAGCCACAGUCACCAUUGUAUCCUGUGAGUCUCCUCUUCACUCCAUCAGCCUGGUUUGGUCCGAUUCGGUGCUUGCCUAAUUCCUCAGCUUAUCACCUGCCCCCUGCCCCAGUCUUCCAGUCCUGUUUGACUUUAGGCCCAGGCUGAGGUGCCAGCUGUUCCCACCUGCAGCCUCCAGAUGCCCGGAGCUUCCUGUCUGCCUCUGGGGGUCUCUUCCUCCUCUCCAAGCAAGAGCUUCCCCAGCAUUCCCUUUUGUCAGUGGUUCUCCCUUGUCUCUAUUGGGUGUGCUCCUAGCAUCCUGGGGGCCGGAGGCCUCCCCCAUUUUCUCCUCCAGGAACUUGGCCCAGAGGAGGUCAAAGUGCUGCCAUGUGGGUGAGGGGUUCUACCUCCAGCCUCUUCUGACCCUGGCUCCCGUGUGGACCCUUCUGGCCAAGAUGUUCUUGCACAGGAUUGAAGCUACUUUGUUCGUGUUCUCCCAGCAUCUAGUCUGAGUUCACCUCCAUAAGGUGCUGAAUAGCUGGGGAAGAGGCAGGGGCUGGCGGUGUCCCAGUCCGGGUGUCCCUGUCCAGAUGCCGGGGAGCUGCAGAGGGGGGCCCCCCGCUCACAGUUUGCAUGUCCCUCACAGCUCUGCCUAAGCUCUACCCUGCUCUUCCCCGAGGAAUAAAUCUGCCAGUGGGAAUGGCCCCUGGGCUCCUGACAGCCGGCACCCCCCAGGGGCCAGUGACCUUCCAGGAUGUGGCCGUGGUCUUCACACAGGAAGAGUGGCGUUACCUGGACCCUUCUCAGAAGGAGCUGUACCGAGACGUGAUGCUGGAGAAUUACAGAAACCUGCUCUACCUGGGACUUGUGGUUUCCAAACCAAAUGUGAUUUACCGGUUUGAACAAGGAGAAGCCUCCUGGAGGCCAGACCAGAGAGACUCAGGGAGCACCUGCUCAGAUGAAGAGACUGGGACUGAAUGCAGAGAGUCAGCUCAAAAGUUGAACAAUUCUGUGCAGCAUUCAUCCACAAACAAACUCACAAAGUCUAGUCUUUGUGUCUUUAGCCUGAAAGAACCUUGGGAAUUUGAUGUCUUGUUAGGGAAACCGAAGAGCACUGCGAACAAAAAUUCCCAGGAAGUAAGAAUUCCAAAGCAAACUUCCAAACAUGUGAUAAUUGGUGAAUGUAAUAAAAAUAGCCAAAGCCUCGGUCUAGAACCAAAACUCUUUCCAAAAAAAGUAUCCAUAGAAAAGAAUCUUCACAGAUGUAAUGACCUUAAAGCUGUAAAGAGCUUCAUUUCAUCCUCAGACUCAAGGAAAUGCAAUAGAAUCUGCUCGAAGGAGAAGUUUUCUCAGGACAAUGAAUGUGGGAAAUCCUUUGAUUCUAAAUUAGAUUGUAUUGAGUAUCAUAGACUCCAUCAUGGAGAGAAAUCUCAUGAUCAUAAUGAACGAGAAAAAACCAUCAGUCUCCGGCCAUUUACUCUUUCCCAUCAGUCAAUUGAUGUUGGAGAGAAAACCCCUAAAUGUAAUAAUUUGGGGGAAGAUUAUCCCAAAACCAUAAAACUUAUUGAACCGAGGCUUCACACCGAAGAAAAGGCUUAUGAAUGUAGUGACUGUGGGAAGGCCUUCCGCCUGAGGGAACCCCUUCUUCAACACCAGAGAAUUCACACUGGAGAGAAGCCUCAUAAGUGUGACGAGUGUGGGAAGACCUUCAGUCAGAGAGGACAUCUUACUCUACACCAGAGGAUUCACACUGGCGAGAAACCUUAUGAAUGUAAAGACUGUGGGAAGGCCUUCCGCCUGAGAGACCCCCUCACUCAGCAUCAGCGGAUUCAUACGGGAGAGAAGCCCCAUAAGUGUGACGAGUGUGGGAAGGCUUUCUCCGUGAGGACAGAUCUUACCAGACACCAGAGGAUCCACACUGGAGAGAAGCCCUACAAAUGUGGAGAAUGUGGAAAGGCCUUCCGCGUCAGGGCAGAGCUCACCCGCCACCAGAGAGUCCACACUGGGGAGAAGCCUUAUGAAUGCAGUCAGUGCGGGAAGGCCUUCCGCCUGAGCAAAGACCGCACCCGUCACCAGAGAAUUCACACCGGGGAGAAGCCUUACGAAUGUGGUGACUGUGGGAAGGCCUUCUGCCGCAAAGAACCCCUCCUGCAACACCAGAGAAUCCAUACUGGGGAGAAACCGCACAAGUGCAGCGAGUGUGGGAAGGCCUUUGGGCUCAAGAGACAGCUUGUGGAACACCAGAGAAUUCACAGCGGAGAGAAGCCUCAUAAAUGUCACGAGUGUGGGAAGGCCUUCUUUGUCAGGACAGAUCUUACCCGACAUCAGAGGAUCCACACUGGGGAAAGGCCUUACGAGUGUAACGAAUGUCAGAAAGCCUUCCACGUGAAAACAGAACUCACGAGACAUCAGAGGCUUCAUACUGGAGAAAAGCCGUACAAAUGUAGUCAAUGUGGGAAGACCUUCCGCCUGAGCAAAGAGUGCAGCCGGCACCAGAGAAUUCAUACUGGUGAGAAACCGUACAAAUGUAGUCAGUGUGGGAAGGCCUUCUGUGUGAAGACAGAGCUCACCCUCCACCUGAGAAUUCACACUGGAGAGAAGCCGUAUAAGUGCAGUCAGUGUGGGAAGGCCUUCCGCCUGAGCACACAGCUCACCCAACACCAGAGAAUUCACACUGGAGAGAAACCUUAUAAAUGCAAUCACUGUGGGAAGGCCUUCCGCCUGAGCACACAGCUCACCCAACACCAGAGAAUUCACAUUGGAGAGGAACUUGAUGAAUAACUACGUGGAAGGCCCAGUGAGGCAAAAAGCAAACACUUUACCUAACAGUUACAUUCAUGCUCGACGGGAAUCAUCCUUACUGAGGGCAGGCAGAAAAGGCCCGCCUGAGUGCACACAGGGCCUGAUAUAAGCUCAUAGGUCUAGAAUGGAAGGAGACCCCAGAGACCAUCAGAUCUGUCUCCUCAUUUAUAAUUAAAGAAACAGGGCCGAGGGAGAGAAUUGAUUUGUCGGGAGUCCCAGCAGUGAGGGCAGUAUGAAGUCGGGCCUCAUGAUCCAAGCCCAGCAACUUUCUACUAAAUCAUGCUGCCUCCUCUAAAUAUAGUGGAGAGAAACUAUUUCAGCAGCACGAGUGGGAAAGGGCUUUCUUCCAGAGCAUGGAGCGUUUUUGAUGUCAUCUCAUCAGAAAAAGCCCCUAUGUUAGAUGAUUUGGUAAGAUGUUCUGCUUCAGUGUGUAUCUGACCCCAAAUCAGAGAACUCUUGGGGAGAAAUUUUAUGAACGUCAUUAACAUAGGAAGGCCUUCCUGAGAGAACAGUUCACUCAGCCCUGCAGAAUUUGUGUGAGAGAGAAAACUUAUGAAUAUAUGAAUGCAGGAUAGUAUUCCCUACAAACACAGAGCUUACGUGACUUCACAAAAUUCAUACUAGAGAAAUUUUAUUAUAAAGAACAUGGGCCUCUUAAUGGAAUGGGGAAUUUGACAUCAGAGCAUUUCUGUUGAAGAGAUUCUGUUUAGAAUGCACGUGGGAAGGCUUUGCCAAUGAAAGCUUAUGCUACAUCAAAAAUCUACACUGGAGAAGAGACUCAUGAAUGAAAUAAAAUUGCCUUCUGCCACAGUUAACAUUAUGCUCAACUGUUAGUUUAUACUGGAGAGAGAAACAUGAUAAACCCCUUCAAUCAGAAGUUACACCUUUACUUGUUCAAAACAAAAAAAGACUUUUGUGAUCAUGUAAGUUUAGAAAAACUUUCUGUCCUAUAAAAAACCCAUGAGUUUCAAAUCCUCUUCAGCUAUGUCACAUCAGCCUAAACACUUAUGCAACUCUAGGAAUUUUUGUAUGUAAUUAUUUCACUGUGGCUUUAGGAAAAGAACUGUCAUUUCCCAACAAAUAGAUGAAUAAAAAAGCAUUUAUUAAAUUCUGAA